AUGUGCACAAAGACAGGCAUGAAGAAGAAGUUACAAGGUGACUGUGUCUCUUGGCUGGUCCUUUUGACUGGAGCUGCUCAGCUCCUACUAGUGUGUGGAGAGGGAGUGUACCUGUCCUCGGGAUCGACCAAAAUUAACAACAAGACUGAGAUCAUCAUCACUGACAUCGGAGAGGAUGGUGGUCUCCCUUCUCUCACCUGUCACACUGACCUCACUACCUGCUGUAGAAGUAUGACUGACAACAAUGGUAAUGGAUCACUAGGACAGUGGAUGUAUCCUACUGGGAGUGUGAUACUGGGCAAUGGUGCCUCACUGGCUGCUGGACAGAAGUUUUACGUGAAAAGGAAUGCUCCCCAACUCAUCAAGCUAAACCGUAGAGAGAUUAACAACCCCCUCACUCCAACCGGGUCCUAUUGUUGCACUGUACCAACUACUGGAGGAGAAAUGACCCUCUGUGCUAACCUGGUUGUGUGCCUGUCUCUCCCUCCUCUGACCAAUGGAAUAGUCUCAUACAACGACUCAACACUGGGUCUGUACACUGUGGCCACACACUCCUGUGACACUGGAUACACUCUCAAUGGAGACACCACUAGGACUUGUGGGAAUGAUGGAAUGUGGAGUGAGCCAGCUCCAUCCUCCUGUGAACGUAUCUGCUCUGACUUACCCUUACUGACCAAUGGGAUGAUCUUCUACUCUGGUACUGGAUCCGCUAACAACAGACCAGUGGACACUGUGGCCACCUUCAGCUGUGACACUGGAUACACUCUCAAUGGAGGCGCUACUAAGACUUGUGAGAGUGAUGGAAUGUGGAGUGGGUUAGAUCCAGUGUGUCAGCGUAUCUGCUCUGACUUACCCUUACUAACUAAUGGGAUAAUCUUCUACUCUGGUACUGGAUCCACUAACAACAGACCGGUGGACACUGUGGCCAUCUUCAGCUGUGACACUGGAUACACUCUCAAUGGAGGCGCUACUAAGACUUGUGAGAGUGAUGGAAUGUGGAGUGGGUUAGAUCCAGUGUGUCAGCGUAUCUGCUCUGACUUACCCUUACUGACCAAUGGGAUGAUCUCUUACUUUGGUACUGGAUCCGCUAACAAGAGAACAGUGGACACUGUGGCCACCUUCAGCUGUGACACUGGAUACACUCUCAAUGGAGGCACUACUAAGACUUGUGAGAGUGAUGGAAUGUGGAGUGGGUUAGAUCCAGUCUGUCAGCGUAUCUGCUCUGACUUACCCUCACUGACCAAUGGGAUGAUCUCCUACAGUGGUGCUGGAUCCACUAACUACAGACCAGUGGACACUGUGGCCACCUUCAGCUGUGACACUGGAUACACUCUCAAUGAAGACGCUACUAAGACUUGUGGGAGUGAUGGAAUGUGGAGUGGGCUAGAUCCAGUCUGUCAGCGUAUCUGCUCUGACUUACCCUUACUGACCAAUGGGAUGAUCUUCUACUCUGGUACUGGAUCCGCUAACAAGAGAACAGUGGACACUGUGGCCAUCUUCAGCUGUGACACUGGAUACACUCUCAAUGGAGGCGCUACUAAGACUUGUGAGAGUGAUGGAAUGUGGAGUGGGUUAGAUCCAGUGUGUCAGCGUAUCUGCUCUGACUUAACAUUACUGACCAAUGGGAUGAUCUCUUACUUUGGUACUGGAUCCACUAACAACAGACCAGUGGACACUGUGGCCACCUUCAGCUGUGACACUGGAUACACUCUCAAUGGAGGCACUACUAAGACUUGUGAGAGUGAUGGAAUGUGGAGUGGGUUAGAUCCAGUGUGUCAGCGUAUCUGCUCUGACUUACCUUUACUGACCAAUGGGAUGAUCUCUUACUUUGGUACUGGAUCCGCUAACAAGAGAACAAUGGACACUGUGGCCACCUUCAGCUGUGAUACUGGAUACACUCUCAAUGGAGGCACUAAUAAGACUUGUGAGAGUGAUGGAAUGUGGAGUGGGUUAGAUCCAGUCUGUCAGCGUAUCUGCUCUGACUUACCCUCACUGACCAAUGGGAUGAUCUCCUACAGUGGUGCUGGAUCCACUAACAACAGACCAGUGGACACUGUGGCCACCUUCAGCUGUGACACUGGAUACACUCUCAAUGAAGACGCUACUAAGACUUGUGGGAGUGAUGGAAUGUGGAGUGGGCUAGAUCCAGUCUGUCAGCGUAUCUGCUCUGACUUACCCUUACUGACCAAUGGGAUGAUCUUCUACUCUGGUACUGGAUCCGCUAACAAGAGAACAGUGGACACUGUGGCCAUCUUCAGCUGUGACACUGGAUACACUCUCAAUGGAGACGCUACUAAGACUUGUGAGAGUGAUGGAAUGUGGAGUGGGUUAGAUCCAGUCUGUCAGCGUAUCUGCUCUGACUUACCAUUACUGACCAAUGGGAUGAUCUCUUACUUUGGUACUGGAUCCACUAACAACAGACCAGUGGACACUGUGGCCACCUUCAGCUGUGACACUGGAUACACUCUCAAUGGAGGCACUACUAAGACUUGUGAGAGUGAUGGAAUGUGGAGUGGGUUAGAUCCAGUGUGUCAGCGUAUCUGCUCUGACUUACCCUUACUGACCAAUGGGAUGAUCUUCUACUCUGGUACUGGAUCUGCUAACAAGAGAACAGUGGACACUGUGGCCAUCUUCAGCUGUGACACUGGAUACACUCUCAAUGGAGGCGCUACUAAGACUUGUGAGAGUGAUGGAAUGUGGAGUGGGUUAGAUCCAGUGUGUCAGCGUAUCUGCUCUGACUUACCAUUACUGACCAAUGGGAUGAUCUCUUACUUUGGUACUGGAUCCACUAACAACAUACCAGUGGACACUGUGGCCACCUUCAGCUGUGACACUGGAUACACUCUCAAUGGAGGCACUACUAAGACUUGUGAGAGUGAUGGAAUGUGGAGUGGGUUAGAUCCAGUGUGUCAGCGUAUCUGCUCUGACUUACCUUUACUGACCAAUGGGAUGAUCUCUUACUUUGGUACUGGAUCCGCUAACAAGAGAACAGUGGACACUGUGGCCACCUUCAGCUGUGACACUGGAUACACUCUCAAUGGAGGCACUACUAAGACUUGUGAGAGUGAUGGAAUGUGGAGUGGGUUAGAUCCAGUGUGUCAGCGUAAGUGGAAUGGAAUGUAA